AUGCGGAUAGUCGUCUUCUCUGCACUUCUGGUCCUGCUUUGUCAACGGGUGCUGGUGACGGCACACGUUCUGGGCAGGUCCUACUCAGCGAACGACCUGGCCAAGCUGAAGAGUCUGCUGGAGCAGUUCGAGGAGACGCUGGCGGCCGACGAGCCCUCCGACGGCCUGCUGGACUACGAGGACGGCCGGCAGGAGGCGGACCAGAGCCUGUCCAGCCCGGACUGGGACAGGGAAACCCCGGGCAGGGACCCCCAGGACAGAGAUCCCCCGAGCAGGGACCCCCAGGACGGCUACCGAGCCCAGAAGAACCGGCUCCAGGACCUGCUGGUGUCGGCGCGCAGCAAGUCGCUGUCCGGCUGCUUCGGGGCCAGAAUCGACCGGAUCGGAACCUCCAGCGGCCUGGGCUGUGGGCCCAAGAGAGGUUAG